ACGUAACCGCCGCAUCCCCGGAUGUCGCGCAUGCGCCUUCGGCCCGGCCGUGUCGGCGGGACGCGAGCGGCCCGGCGCCGCCCGUUCCAUCGCUCCGUCCCGGUUCGCAAGCGGCGCCCGGGCCCCUCCAUCCGCCAUGUCUCUCUCGAACCCGCCGAGCAGCAACGACGCGUGCCUGAGCAUCGUGCACAGCCUCAUGUGUCACCGGCAGGGCGGCGAGAGCGAGACGUUCGCCAAGCGGGCCAUCGAGAGCCUGGUGAAGAAGCUGAAGGAGAAGAAAGACGAGCUGGAUUCGCUCAUCACCGCCAUCACCACCAACGGCGCCCAUCCCAGCAAAUGCGUCACCAUCCAACGCACGUUGGACGGCCGCCUGCAGGUGGCGGGCAGGAAAGGUUUCCCUCACGUCAUUUACGCCCGCCUCUGGCGUUGGCCCGACCUGCAUAAGAACGAAUUGAAGCACGUCAAGUAUUGCCAGUUCGCUUUCGAUCUCAAGUGCGACAGCGUCUGCGUCAACCCCUAUCAUUACGAGAGGGUCGUGUCGCCCGGCAUCGAUCUCUCUGGCCUGACCCUACAGAGCUCUGCCCCGUCGGGUUUGUUGGUGAAGGACGAAUACGUGAGCGAAUACGAAGGCCAAACCUCGCUGCCUUCGGCCGACGGCCAUUCGGUUCAGACCAUCCAACAUCCGCCCAGCGCUCGAGCUCCAAGCGAGGCCUACAACCCGCCGACGGAGCCUGGCGCCGCUAAUUUCCCAGCCAUCCCUGUGGCGUCCACCAGCCAACCCCCAAGCGUCCUACCUGGCAGCCACAGCGACGCUCUCCUCCCAUUGGCUACCGGAUCUCAAGCGGCGGCGGCGGCGGCGGCGGCUCAGAACGGUUUCACAGCCCAACCUGCCACGUAUCACCACAACAGCGGAGGCAACGGAGGUUGGAGCGGCAGCCGCGGCGCCGCGUAUCCUUCCGCCAUCCCCCAUCAUCAGAACGGACACCUGCAGCAUCAUCCGCCUCUGCAUCCGGGGCACUACUGGCCGGUGCACAACGAACUCGCCUUCCAACCUCCCAUCUCCAAUCAUCCCGCCCCGGAAUAUUGGUGUUCCAUUGCUUAUUUUGAGAUGGACGUUCAGGUCGGAGAGACGUUUAAGGUCCCUUCCAGUUGUCCCGUGGUGACGGUGGACGGUUACGUGGAUCCAUCGGGUGGCGAUCGCUUCUGUUUGGGACAGCUUUCCAAUGUGCAUCGGACCGAAGCCAUCGAGAGAGCGCGGUUGCACAUCGGCAAAGGGGUGCAGCUGGAGUGCAAGGGGGAAGGCGACGUGUGGGUGAGGUGCCUGAGCGACCACGCCGUGUUCGUGCAAAGUUACUACCUGGACCGCGAGGCCGGCAGGGCGCCGGGGGACGCCGUGCACAAGAUCUACCCCAGCGCCUACAUCAAGGUGUUUGACCUGAGGCAGUGCCACAGACAGAUGCAACAGCAGGCAGCCACGGCACAGGCGGCGGCGGCGGCUCAAGCGGCGGCGGUAGCUGGCAAUAUUCCAGGGCCCGGCUCUGUGGGUGGCAUUGCUCCAGCAAUUAGCCUCUCCGCCGCCGCCGGCAUCGGCGUGGACGACCUGCGUCGCCUCUGCAUUUUACGCAUGAGCUUCGUCAAAGGUUGGGGCCCCGAUUACCCGCGGCAAAGCAUCAAAGAGACGCCAUGUUGGAUCGAGAUUCACCUCCAUCGCGCCCUUCAGCUCCUGGACGAAGUCCUUCACACGAUGCCCAUCGCCGACCCGCAACCUUUGGACUGAAGCUUUGCCUUUCCCCUUCCAGGACCUUUGGAGCAGCGGCUUUCAUUCGCCUUUAUUUGUUUUAAUAGGGGGGUUGGUUUCCAUUCGCAGGUCCUGGAAGGGCGCCGCGUCGCCAUUGGGGUUUUUUGUUGUUGCUGUUGGUUUAUUUGGGGGUUUUUUGGGGGGCUCUGUUGGGUUUGGGGGAAAUAAAAGAUGGAUUCGGGCGCAGUGCGGAGCUUUCGUUUCGUUAGCGGUGCUGGUGGUUCGUUAAUUGUCUCGUCAAGCUCAUUAAUGGGGCUGUUUGGUGAUCGGCGAUGCCAGCAGUCGACUCUAUAAUGCCAUCAAUGAAUCAAGAAUGCCAUCCAUCCUGCAAUAAUCCGUUCAAUCUCCCCAUUAGGCCAUUAAUAAUCUGACCAAUUAACCACUAAUUGUAUUAAUAAUCACAUUUAUCCAUCAAUAAUCCCAUUAAUUGCAUCAAUAUGAUCGAUAAUCCCAUCAAUCUUAUCAAUAAUCCCAUUAAUUCAUCAAUAAUCCCAUCAAUUCUAUCAAUCCAAUCAGUAAUCCAACCAAUCUCAUUAAUAAUCCCAUUAAUCCAUCAAUAAUCCCAUCAACCCAUCAAUAAUCCCAUUAAUCCAUCAAUAAUACCAUCAAUCCAUCAAUCCAAUCAAUAACCCAACCAAUCUCAUUAAUAAUCCCAUCAAUCUCAUCAGUAACUCCAUCAAUAUCAUCAAUAAACCCAUCAACCUCAUCAAUAAUCCCAUCUGUCCAUCAAUAAUCCCAUCAAUCCAUCAAUAAUCCUAUUAAUCUUAUCAAUAACUCCAUCUGCCCAUCAAUAAACCCCAUUUACCCCAUCAACCUCAUCAAUAAUCCCAUCAAUCUCAUCCAUCAAUAAUCCCAUCAAUUCUAUCGAUCCAAUCAAUAACCCCGUCAAUCUCAUCAAUAAUCCCAUCAACCUCAUCAAUAAACCCAAUUUACCUCAUCAAUCUUAUCAAUAAUCCCAUCAAUUUCAUCAAUAAUCCCAUUAAUCCAUCAAUAAUCCCAUCAAUCUAUCAAUAAUCCCAUUAAUCUAUCAAUAACUCCAUCUAUCCAUCAAUAAACCCCAUUUACCCCAUCAAUCUCAUCAAUAAUCCCAUCAAUCUCAUCAAUAAUCCCAUUAAACCAUCAAUAAUCCCAUCAACCUCAUCAAUAAUCCCAUCUGUCUAUCAAUAAUCCCAUCAAUCUCAUCAAUAAACCCAUCAACCUCAUCAAUAAUCCCAUUAAUCCAUCAAUAAUCCCAUCAAUUCUAUCAGUCCAAUCAAUAACCCCAUCAAUCUCAUCAAUAAUCCCAUCAGUCUCAUCAAUAAUCCCAUUAGCCCAUCAAUAAUCCCAUCAAUUCCAUCAAUCCAAUCAAUAAUCCCACUAAUCUUAUUAGUAACCCCAUCAAUCCAUCAAUAAUCCCAUUAAUCUCAUCAGUAAGUCCAUCUAUCCAUCAAUAAACCCCAAUCUCAUCAAUAAUCCCAUCAAUCCAUCAAUAAUCCCAUCAAUCUCAUCAAUAAUCCCAUUAAUCCAUCAAUAAUCCCAUCACUAAUCCCACUAGUCCAUCAAUAAUCCCAUCUGUUCAUCAAUAAUCCCGUCAAUCCAUCAAUAAUCCCAUUAAUCUCAUCAAUAACUCCAUCUAUCCAUCAAUAAACCACAUUUACCCCAUCAAUCUCAUCAAUAAUCCCAAUAAUCCAUCAAUAAUCCCAUCAAUCCAUCAAUAAUCCCAUCAACACAUCAAUAAUCCAAUCAAUCUCAUCAAUAAUCCCAUCAAUUUUAUCAAUCCAAUCAAUAAUCCCACCAACCUCAUCAAUAAUCCCAUCAAUCUCAUCAAUAAUCCCAUUAAUCUCAUCAAUAACCCCAUCAAUCCAUCAAUAAUCCCAUUAAUCUUAUCAGUAUCUCCAUCUAUCCAUCAAUAACCCCAUCAAUCUCAUCAAUAAUCCCAUUAAUCCAUCAAUAAUCCCAUCAAUUCUAUCAAUCCAAUCAGCAAUCCCACCAAUCUCAUCAAUAAUCCCAUCAACCUCAUAAAUAAUCCCAUCAAUCUCAUCAAUAAUCCCAUUAAUCCAUCAAUAAUCCAAUCAAUUCCAUCAAUCCAAUCAAUAAUCCAACCAAUCUCAUUAAUAAUCCCAUCAAUCCAUCAAUAAUCCCAUUAAUCUUAUCAAUAACUCCAUCUAUCCAUCAAUAAACCCCAUUUACCCCAUCAAUCUCAUUAAUAAUCCCAUUAAUCCCAUCAAUAACCCCCAUCAAUCUAUCAAGAAUGCCAUCCAUCCUGCAGUAAUCCAUGCCAUUUUACGAUUAGGCCAUUAAUAAUUGACCAAUUAAUCGCUAAUUGUAUUAAUAACCACACUUAUCCAUCAGUAAUCACAUCAAUCCAUCAAUAAUCCCAUUAAUCCAUCAAUAAUCCCAUCAAUUCUAUCAAUCCAAUCAGUAAUUCCACCAAUCUCAUCAAUAAUCCCAUCAACCUCAUCAAUAAUCCCAUCAAUCCAUCAAUAAUCCCAUUAAUCUUAUCAAUAACUCCAUGUAUCCAUCGAUAAACCCCAUCAAUCUCAUCAAUAAUCCCAUUAAUCCAUCAAUAAUCCCAUCAAUCCAUCAAUAAUCCCACCAAUGUCAUCAAUAAUCCCAUUAAUCCAUCAAUAAUCCCAUCAAUUCUACCAAGCCAAUCAAUAACCCCAUCAAUCUCAUCAAUAAUCCCAUCUCUCCAUCAAUAAACCCAAUUUACCCCAUCAAUCUCAUUAAUAAUCCCAUCAAUCUCAUCAAUAAUCCCAUUAAUCCAUCAAUAAUCCCAUUAAUCUUAUCAAUAACUCCAUCUAUCCAUCAAUAAACCCCCAUCAAUCUCAUCAAUAAUCCCAUCAAUCUCAUCAAUAAUCCCAUUAAUCCAUCAAUAAUCCCAUCAAUUUCAUCAGUAAUCCCAUUAAUCCAUCAAUAAUCCCAUCAAUCCAUCAAUAAUCCCAUUAAUCCAUCAAUAAUCCCAUCAAUCUAUCAAGAAUCCCCAUUCAUCCUGCAAUAAUCCGUGCCAUCUUCCCAUUAGGCCAUUAAUAAUUUGAUCACUAAUCGCUAAUUGUAUUAAUAAUCACAUUUAUCCACCCAAUAAUCCCAAUAAUUGCAUAAAUAUCAUCAAUAAUCCCAUCAAUCUCAUCAAUAAUCCCAUCAACCUCAUCAAUAAUCCCACCAAUCUCAUUAAUAAACCCAUCAAUCUCAUCAAUAACCACAUCAGUCUCAAUAAUCCCAUUGAGCUCAUCAAUAAUCCCAUCAGUCUCAUUAAUAAUCCCAUCAAUCUCAUCAAUAUUCCCAUCUACCUCAUUAAUAAUCCCAUCAAUCUAUCAUUAAUCCCAUCAAUCUCGUUAAUAACUAAAUCCAAUCGUCAAUAAUGCCAUCAAUCUCAUCAAUAAUCCCAUUAAUCCAUCAAUAAUCCUAUCAAUUACAUCAUUAAUCCCAUCAAUCCAUCAUUAAUCUCAUAAAUCCCGUUAUUAACACCAUUAAUCCAUCAUUAAUCCCAUCAAUCCAUCGUUAAUCCCAUCAAUAAUCCCAUUAAUCCAUUAAUAAUCCUAUCAAUUCAAUCAAUAACCCCAUUAAUGCCUUCAAUCACCCCAUCAAUUCAAUCAAUAAUCCCAUUAAUCUCAUUAAUAACCCAUCAGCCUCGUAAAUUACCCCAUUAACCCCAUUAAUCCCGUUAAUAACCCCAUCAAUCCAAUUAAUAAUCCCAUUAACCCCAUUAAUAACCCCAUUAAUCCCAUUAAUAACCCCGUCAAUCCCAUUAAUAACCCCAUUAAUCCCAUUAAUGACCCCAUCAAUCCCAUCAGUUACCCCAUUAAUCCAAUUAAUGACCCCAUCAACCCCAUUAAUAACCCCAUUAAUCCCAUUAAUAACCCAAUCAACCCCAUCAAUUACCCCAUCAAUCCCAUUAAUCCCAUUAAUAACCCCAUCAAUCCCAUUCACAACCCCAUUAAUCCCGUUAAUAACCCAUCAGACCAAUCAAUACCCCAUUAAUCCCAUUAAUAACCCCCAUCAAUCCCAUUAAUAACCCCAUUAAUCCCAUUAAUAACCAAUCAAUCCCAUCAGUUACCCCAUUAAACUCAUCAAUCCAAUCAAUAACCCCAUCAAUCCGAUCAAUAACCCCGUUAACCCCAUUAAUAACCCCAUUAAUCCCCUUAAUAACCCCAUUAAUCCCAUUAAUAACCAAUCAAUCCCAUCAGUUACCCCAUUAAUCCCAUUAAUCCCAUUAAUAACCCCAUCAAUCCCAUUAACAACCCCAUUAAUCCCAUUAAUAACCCCAUCAAUCCCAUUAAUAACCCCAUUAAUCCCAUUAACAACCAAUCAAUCCCAUCAGUUACCCCAUUAAACUCAUUAAUACCAUUAAUAACCCCAUCAAUCCCAUUAACAACCCCAUUAAUCCCAUUAAUGACCCCAUCAACCCCAUCAGGGAUCCCAUUAAUCCCAUUAAUAACCAAUCAAUCCCAUCAAUUGCCCCAUUAAACUCAUUAAUCUCGUUAAUAACCCCAUCAAUCCCAUCAGUUACCCCAUUAAUCCCAUUAAUGACCCCAUCAAUCCCAACAGUUACCCCAUUAAUCCAAUUAAUGACCCCAUUAAUCCCAUUAAUAACCAAUGAAUCCCAUCAGUUACCCCAUUAAACUCAUUAAUCCCGUUAAUAACCCCAUCAAUCCAAUUAAUAACCCCAUCAAUCCCAUUAAUGACCCCAUCAAUCCCAUCAGUUACCCCAUUAACCCAAUUAAUGACCCCAUUAAUCCCAUUAAUAACCAAUCAAUCCCAUCAGUUACCCCAUUAAUCCAAUCAAUCCCAUUAAUAACCCCAUUAAUCCCAUUAACAACCCCAUUAAUCCCAUUAAUAACCCAUCAGACCAAUCAAUACCCCAUUAAUCCCAUUAAUAAUCCCACCCACUGCACCAAUUAAUCAAGCUCAUCAACCAGUGCCUUUAAUGCCAUUAAUAAUCCCAUUAAUUGACAAUCCCAAUCAUUGCAACAAGCCAUCACCUCAUUAAUCCCGCCCACCCCACUAAUAAUCCCAUUAAUAAACCCAUAAUUAAAUCAGUCCAUCAAAAACCUCGUCAAUUGCAUUAAUAACCCCACUGAUUCAUCAACAGCCCCAUUAAUUAAUCAUUAAUCCAAUUAUUUAACCAAUAAUCCCAUUGAUUCCAUCAGCAAUCCCAUUAAUUCAUUGAUAAUCCCCUAAUAAACCCAUCAAGCCAGUCAUUAAUCUCAUUAAUCUAAUUGAUAAUCCCAUUAAUACACUCAUUAAUCUCAUUAAUACCCCCAAACACUUCAUUAAUCCAAUUAAUCUUGCUAUUAAUCCCAUUAAUCCCACUAAUUCCCCAAAAUCCUAUAAUAGAAACCCAAAAUCCCAUCAAAAAGCCCCAAAAUUCCCUAAAAGACCCCAAAAUCCUAUAAUAGAAACCCAAAAUCCCCUAAAAAGAAACCAAAAUCCCAUUAAAAAGACCCAAAAUCCCAUAAAAGACCCCAAAAUCCCCUAAAAGACCCCAAAAUCCCAUCAAAAAGCCCAAAAAUCCCUCAAAAGAACCCAAAAUCCCAUAAAUAACCCUAAAAUCCCCUAAAAGACCCCAAAAAAACCCUAAAAGACCCCAAAAUCCCCUAAAAGACCCCAAAAUCCCAUAAAAGACCCCAAAAUCCAUCAAAAGACCCCAAAAUCCUAUAAGAGAAACCCAAAAUCCCCUAAAAAGACCCCAAAAUCCCCUAAAAGACCCCAAAAUCCUAUAAAAGCAACCCAAAAAUCCCCUAAAAGACCCCAAAAUCCUAUAAUAGAAACCCAAAAUCCCUUAAAAGAACCCAAAAUCCCAUCAAAAAGCCCCAAAAUUCCCUAAAAGACCCCAAAAUCCUAUAAUAGGAACCCAAAAUCCCCUAAAAGACCCCAAAAUCCCCUAAAAGACCCCAAAAUCCAUCAAAAAGGCCCAAAAUCCCCUAAAAGACCCCAAAAUCCUAUAAUAGAAACCCAAAAUCCCCUAAAAAGGAACCAAAAUACCAUCAAAAAGACCCAAAAUCCCCUAAAAGACCCCAAAAUCCUAUAAUAGAAACCCAAAAUCCCUUAAAAGACCCCAAAAUCCCGUAAAAUACCCCAAAAUCCUAUAAGAGAAACCCAAAAUCCCCUAAAAGACCCAAAAUCCCCUAAACGACCCCAAAAUCCCCUAAAAGACCCCAAAGUCCCAUUAAAAACCCUAAAAUCCAAUAAAAGACCCCAAAAUCCUAUAAUAGAAACCCAAAAUACCCUAAAAGACCCCAAAAUCCCAUCAAAAGGUUCCAAAAUCCCCUAAAAGAACCCAAAAUCCCCUAAAAGACCCCAAAAUCCCUUAAAAGAACCCAAAGUCCCAUAAAAAAACCCUAAAAUCCUAUAAUAGAAACCCAAAAUCUCCUCAAAAAGCCCCAAAAUCCCAUAAAAGACCCCAAAAUCCUAUAAUAGAAACCCAAAAUCCCCUAAAAAGAAACCAAAAUCCCAUAAAAGACCCCAAAAUCCUAUAAUAGAAACCGAAAAUCCCCUAAAAAGGAAACCAAAAUCCCAUCAAAAAGCCCCAAAAUCCCCUAAAAGGCCCCAAAAUCCCAUCAAAAAGCCCCAAAAUCCCAUAAAAGAACCCAAAAUCCCAUCAAAAAGCCCCAAAAUCCCUUGAAAAAGCCCCAAAAUCCCUUGAAAAAGCCCCAAAAUCCCUAAAAAGACCCCAAAAUCCCUUAAAAGAACCCAAAAUCCCCUAAAAGAACCCAAAAUCCUAUAAUAGAAACCCAAAAUCCCCUAAAAGGAAACCAAAAUCCCAUCUAAAAGCCCCAAAAUCCCCUAAAAGACCCCAAAAUCCCCUAAAAGACCCCAAAAUCCUAUAAUAGAAACCCAAAAUCCCCUAAAAGGAAACCAAAAUCCCAUCAAAAAGCACCAAAAUCCCAUAAAAGACCCCAAAAAAACCCUAAAAGAAACCAAAAUCCCCUAAAAGACCCCAAAAUCCCCUAAAAACCCCCAAAAUCCCCUAAAAGACCCCAAAAUCCUAUAAGAGAAACCCAAAAUCCCCUAAAAGACCCCAAAAUCCCCUAAAAGACCCCAAAAUCCCUUAAAAGACCCCAAAAUCCUAUAAUAGAAACCUAAAAUCCCCUAAAAGUAAACCAAAAUCCCAUCAAAAAGCCCCAAAAUCCCCUAAAAGACCCCAAAAUCCUAUAAUAGAAACCCAAAAUCCCCUAAAAAGGAACCAAAAUCCCCUCAAAAAGCCCCAAAAUCCCCUAAAAGACCCCAAAAAACCCUAAAAGAAACCAAAAUCCCCCCAAAGACCCCUAAAUCCUAUAAUAGAAACCCAAAAUCCCCUAAAAAGACCACAAAACACCAUCAAAAAGGCCCAAAAUCCCCUAAAAGACCCCAAAAUCCCAUCAAAAAGACCCAAAAUCCCCUAUAAGACCCCAAAAUCCACUCAAGAAGCCCCAAAAUCCCCUAAAAGACCCCCAAAAAAACCCUAAAAGACCCCAAAAUCCUAUAAUAAAAACCCAAAAUCCCCUAAAAGACCCCAAAAUCCCCUAAAAGACCCCAAAAUCCUAUAAUAGAAACCAAAAAUCCCCUAAAAGACCCCAAAAUCCUAUAAUAGAACCCCAAAAUCCCCUAUAAGAAUCCAAAAUCCCAUCAAAAAGCCCCAAAAUCCCCUAAAAGACCCAAAAAAAACCCUAAAAGAAACCAAAAUCUCUCAAAAGACCCCAAAAUCCUAUAAUAGAAACCCAAAAUCCCCUAAAAGGAAACCAAAAUCCCAUUAAAAAGACCCAAAAUGCCCUAAAAGACCCCAAAAUCCCCUAAAAGACCCCAAAAUCCUAUAAUAGAAACCCAAAAUCCCCUAAAAGGAACCAAAAUCCCAUCAAAAAGCCCCAAAAUCCCUUAAAAGACCCCAAAAUCCCCUAAAAGACCCCAAAAUCCUAUAAGAGAAACCCAAAAUCCCCUAAAAGACCACAAAAUCCCAUCAAAAAGCCCCAAAAUCCCCUAAAAGAACCCAAAAUCCCUCAAAAGACCCCAAAAUCCUAUAAUAGAAACCCAAAAUCCCAUCAAAAGACCCCAAAAUCCCAUCAAAAAGCCCCAAAAUCCCCUAAAAGACCCCAAAAUCCGAUAAGAGAAACCCAAUAUCCCCUAAAAGACCCCAAAAUCCCAUCAAAAAGCCCCAAAAUCCCAUAAAAGACCCCAAAAUCCCUUAAAAGACGCCAAAAUCCCCUAAAAGACCCCAAAAUCCUACAAUAGAAACCCAAAAUCCCCUAAAAGACACUAAAAUCCCAUCAAAAAGCCCCAAAAUCCCCUAAAAGACCCCAAAAUCCCCUAAAAGACCCCAAAAUCCCUUCAAAAAGGCCCAAAAUCCCUUAAAAAUCCCCAAAAUCCUAUAAUAGAAACCCAAAAUCCCCUAAAAGACCCCAAAAUCCCAUAAAAAAGACCCAAAAUCCCCUAAAAGACCCCAAAAUCCCCUAAAAGACCCUAAAAUCCUAUAAUAGAAACCCAAAAUCCCCUAAAAAGACCCCAAAAUCCCUUCAAAAAGACCCAAAAUCCCAUAAAAGACCCCAAAAUCCCCUAAAAGACCCAAAAAUCCCUUAAAAGACCCCAAAAUCCCCUAAAAGACCCCAAAAUGCCCUAAAAGACCCCAAAAUCCCCUAAAAGACCCCAAAAUCCUAUAAUAGAAACCCAAAAUCCCCUAAAAGGAAACCAAAAUCCCUUCAAAAAGACCCAAAAUCCCCUAAAAGACCCAAAAUCCCAUCAAAAAGCCCCAAAAUCCCCUAAAAGACCCCAAAAAAAACCCUAAAAGACCCCAAAAUCCCAUUAAAAACCCUAAAAUCCCAUAAAAGACCCCAAAAUCCUAUAAUAGAAACCCAAAAUCCCCUAAAAAGGAACCAAAAUCCCAUCAAAAAGCCCCAAAAUCCCCCAAAAGACCCCAAAAUCCCCCAAAAGACCCCAAAAUCCCCUAAAAGACCCCAAAAUCCCAUCAAAAAGCCCCAAAAUCCCCUAAAAGACCCCAAAAUCCCUUAAAAGACCCCAAAAAAAACCCUAAAAGACCCAAAAUCCCCUAAAAGACCCCAAAAUCCCAUCAAAAAGCCCCAAAAUCCCCUAAAAGACCCCAAAAACCCUAAAAGAAACCAAAAUCCCCCAAAAGACCCCAAAAUCCUAUAAGAGAAACCCAAAAUCCCCUAAAAAGACCCCAAAAUCCCAUCAAAAAGCCCCAAAAUCCCCUAAAAGACCCCAAAAUCCCUUAAAAGACACCAAAAAUCCCUAAAAGACCCCAAAAUCCCAUAAAAAAAAACCCUAAAAUCCCCACUAAGAACCCUAAAAUCCCAUAAAAGACCCCAAAAUCCCUUAAAAGACCCCAAAAUCCCAUUAAAAACCCCUAAAAUCCUAUAAUAGAAACCCAAAAUCCCCUAAAAGGAAACCAAAAUCCCAUCAAAAAGCCCCAAAAUCCCCUAAAAGACCCCAAAAUCCCUUAAAAGACCCCAAAAAAACCCUAAAAGACCCACAAUCCCCUAAAGGACCACAAAAUCCCAUCAAAAAGCCCCAAAAUCCCAUCAAAAAGCCCCAAAAUCCCCUAAAAGACCCCAAAAUCCCUUCAAAAAGACCCAAAAUCCCCUAAAAGACCCCAAAAUCCCUUAAAAGAACCCAAAAUCCUUUAAUAGAAACCCAAAAUCGCCUAAAAGACCCCAAAAUCCCAUCAAAAAGCCCCAAAAUCCCCUAAAAGACCCCAAAAUCCUAUAAUAGAACCCCAAAAUCCCCUAUAGGAAUCCAAAAUCCCAUCAAAAAGCCCCAAAAUCCCCUAAAAGACCCCAAAAUCCCCCAAAAGACCCCAAAAUCCUAUAAUAGAAACCCAAAAUCUCCUAAAAAACCCCAAAAUCCCAUCAAAAAGCCCCAAAAUCCCCUAAAAGACCCCAAAUCCUAUAAUAGAAACCCAAAAUCCCCUAUAUGAAUCCAAAAUCCCAUCAAAAAGCCCCAAAAUCCCAUUAAAACCCCCAAAAUCCUAUAAUAGAAACCCAAAAUCCCCUCAAAAGAACCCAAAAUCCCUCAAAAGACCCCAAAAUCCUAUAAUAGAAACCCAAAAUCCCCUAAAAGGAACCAAAAUCCCAUCAAAAAGCCCCAAAAUCCCCUAAAAGACCCCAAAAUCCUAUAAUAGAAACCCAAAAUCCCCUAAAAGGAACCAAAAUCCCAUCAAAAAGCCCCAAAAUCCCCUAAAGACCCCAAAAUCCCAUAAAAAACCCCAAAAUCCCCUAAGAGACCCCAAAAUCCCAUAAAAAAAACCUAAAAUCCCAACUAAGAACCCUAAAAUCCCCUAAAAGAACCCAAAAUCCUAUAAUAGAACCCAAAAUCCCCUAAAAGACCCCAAAAUCCCUCAAAAGACCCCAAAAUCCUAUAAUAGAAACCCAAAAUCCCCUAAAAGACCCCAAAAUCCCCUAAAAGACCCCAAUAUCCUAUAAUAGAAACCCAAAAUCCCCUUAAAAAGGAACCAAAAUCCCAUCAAAAAGCCCCAAAAUCCCCUAAAAGACCCCAAAACCCCCUAAAAGACCCCAAAAUCCUAUAAUAGAAACCCAAAAUCCCCUAAAAGGAACCAAAAUCCCAUCAAAAAGCCCCAAAAAUCCCUUAAAGGACCCCAAAAUCCCCUAAAAGACCCCAAAAUCCCUCUAAAGACCCCAAAAUCGCCUAAAAGACCCCAAAAUCCCUUAAAAGACCCCAAAAUCCCAUCAAAAAAGACCCAAAAUCCCCUAAAAUACCCCAAAAUCCUAUAAGAGAAACCCAAAAUCCCCUAAAAGACCCCAAAAUCCCAUCAAAAAGACCCAAAAUCCCUAAAAAGACCCCCAAAAUCCCAUUAAAAACCCUAAAAUCCCCUAAAAGACCCCAAAAUCCUUUAAUAGAAACCCAAAAUCCCCUAAAAGGAAACCAAAAUCCCAUCAAAAAGGCCCAAAAUCCAUAAAAGACCCCAAAAUCCCCUAAAAGACCCCAAAAUCCCUUAAAAGACCCCAAAAUCCUAUAAUAGAAACCCAAAAUCCCCUAAAAAGGAACCAAAAUCCCAUCAAAAAGCCCCAAAAUCCCUCAAAAGACCCCAAAAAAACCCUAAAAGACCCCAAAAUCCUAUAAUAGAAACCCAAAAUCCCCUAAAAGACCCCAAAAUCCCAUCAAAAAGCCCCAAAAUCCC